GAAAGUCAAUAUCACAUACAGCCAACCCUCCUCCUCCUCCUCUCUCUCUCUCUCUCUCUCUCUCUCUCUCUCUCUCUCUCUGAGGAGAAGAUGAACAACACAAAAAGCAGAAGUUUUUUCAUGCCCUGAUUUGCAUUCCCUUGUCGGUAUAAGUUGUUGUUGAUUCUGACUAAUCUUGUAAGAACACAACAACAUGAAUUUCAACAGAGAAAGCACUGUCAGAUUCUUCGGUGACGAAAAGCAAAGCAUUGAACUAACAGAGAAGCGAUUGCCAUUGUUCAAAUCAGAAGCACUUCCCUCCAGUGGCAAAGACGCCAAAACCCAUAUCAGAAUCCCCAGAUUCCGAAGAUUCAAAGUUUUCCCGGAAAAUUACGAAAUCGAGAAAGACAAGAUUCUUGAUCCGGGUGGCGAUGUGGUGCUUCAAUGGAACAGGAUUUUCCUCUUCUGGUGUUUGGUUGCUCUCUUCGUUGACCCUUUGUUCUUUUACCUCCCUUCCGUCAGGAACAGAGGAAGUUCUUCCUGCAUGACGACAGAUUUGAAGCUGGGGAUAGUCGUCACCUUCUUCAGGACACUUGCAGAUAUGUUCUAUGUGUUGCAUAUUGUGAUCAAGUUCAGGACAGCUUAUGUUUCGCCCAUUUCUCGAGUGUUUGGUCGGGGAGAACUUGUUAAAGAUCCUAAAUUGAUCGCCAGACGGUACCUGAGAUCGGACUUUAUUGUGGAUCUGAUCGCCUGCUUGCCUCUUCCUCAGAUUGUGAGCUGGUUCAUCUUGCCAUCCAUCAGAAGCUCUCACUCCGACCACACGACCAAUGCGCUCGUACUGAUAGUUCUCGUGCAAUACAUUCCGCGGCUGUAUCUGAUUUUCCCGCUCAGCUCCGAGAUUGUCAAAGCAGCUGGAGUCGUUACGAAAACUGCUUGGGCCGGAGCUGCUUACAAUCUACUCCAGUACAUGCUAGCUAGCCAUAUCCUCGGGGCGGGAUGGUAUCUCCUGUCCAUUGAACGCCAAGCCACGUGCUGGAAGUCUGAAUGCCGGAAAGACUCCACCCCUCUGAAAUGCCUUCCGGACUUCUUCGACUGCGGCACUUUGGGCCACGAAAACCGGAAACUCUGGCAGAAUACGACCUCAGUUUUCAGUAACUGCGACCCUUCGAACGAUAUACAAUUCAACUUCGGUAUUUUCGCCAACGCUCUCACCAACAAUGUGCUUUCUUCUCCGUUUCUUGAGAAAUACUUGUAUUGUCUAUGGUUCGGCCUGCAGAAUCUAAGUUCUUACGGACAGACUCUGAACACAAGCACCUUUGUUCUCGAGACGAUUUUCGCUAUCCUCGUUGCCAUUUUCGGCCUCGUUUUGUUUGCUCUUUUGAUCGGAAACAUGCAGACGUACCUGCAAUCCAUCACGGUGAAGCUUGAGGAGUGGAGGUUGAAGAGAAGAGAUACAGAAGAAUGGAUGAGACACCGGCAACUUCCGCAGAAUCUGAAGGAACGAGUGAGGCGUUUCGUUCAGUACAAAUGGCUCGCGACUCGAGGAGUGGAUGAAGAAUCGAUCCUUUGUUCCUUACCUGCAGAUCUUCGCAGAGAUAUCCAACGUCACCUUUGCCUCGAUCUUGUUCGUCGUGUGCCGCUCUUUGCGCAAAUGGACGAUCAGUUACUGGAUGCGAUAUGUGAACGUUUGGUGUCAUCUUUAAGCACUGAAGGGAACUACAUCGUACGUGAAGGGGAUCCUGUGACAGAGAUGCUGUUCAUAAUCAGAGGAAAGCUCGAAAGCUCGACCACCAAUGGCGGAAGAACCGGUUUCUUCAACUCGAUCACACUCAGACCGGGCGAUUUCUGCGGGGAAGAGCUUCUGGCAUGGGCGCUGCUCCCGAAAUCCACAGUAAACUUACCUUCCUCCACAAGAACAGUCAGAGCCAUUGAAGAAGUCGAAGGGUUCGCUCUUCGAGCAGAGGAUCUGAAGUUUGUGGCGAAUCAGUUCAGGCGUCUUCACAGCAAGAAGCUUCAACACACGUUUCGAUACUAUUCUCACCAUUGGAGAACGUGGGCCACGUGUUUCAUACAGGCUGCUUGGAGGAGAUACAAGAGAAGGGUGCUGGCUAAGAGCUUGAGUUUGGCUGAAUCCUUCUCGUCUUCCUCCUACGACGAAGAAGCUUUCAUGGCGGCCCAAGAGGCGGAGGCCGGGGCCGGACAAGGGCACGGAUCGCAAGAGGAACGAGCUCACGACCAUAUUUCUGGCGUGAAACAGCAUCUAGGUGUAACGAUACUGGCUUCGCGAUUCGCGAAGAACACGAGGAGGACUGCUCAGAAGGUGAAAGACGUGGAAAUGCCCAUGUUGCCGAAACCGGAAGAGCCUGAUUUCUCAGCCGACCCAGACGACGAUUAUCGGUAAAUAUAAACAAUUCCGUACAAAGAUUGUGUCUUUUAUACCCCACGGAUCAAACUGACAUUGCUUGAUUCUCAAGGCAGAGAGAGUAAGAAACUGUGGUUAAAAGUGGAAAACGCAGAAGAAAUGGUAUAGAUUCUAUGUUUCCUUAAA